AGGCGGCCCCGCGGGCGUUGCCGUGGCGACGCGUGUACACAGGCCAGCGGGCGCGCCGGGUGCGGGUCGCCGGCUGGAGACUGGUGGCCUCUGCCAGGAGCGGGCCGGCGGGUGACUGGGGGUGAGCUUCCUCCUCCUGCCAGGGAAAGCGGGGAGAAUGAAAGCGUAUCUGAAGAGCGCAGAUGGCUUUUUUGUCCUAAAUAAAAGUACUACAAUCGGAAAGCAUGAAGACUCAGACCUCGUCCUGCAGUCCCCUGACAUCGACAACCACCACGCGCUCAUCGAGUUCAACGAGGCCGAAGGCAGCUUUGUGCUGCAGGACUUCAAUUCCCGCAACGGCACCUUUGUCAAUGAGUGUCACAUCCAGAACGUGGCCGUGAAGCUGAUCCCUGGGGACAUCCUGAGGUUCGGGUCCGCUGGACUGACCUAUGAGCUGGUCAUCGAGAACCCACCCCAGGUCUCCUUCCCGUGGGCGAGGGGCCCAACACCUUGGACAAGGCCACAACCGUGUCGGUCCUCACCACAGCAGAACCACUCACCCUCAUCAGCACAUAUCCCCUUCCAUCCGGGCGUCCAGCCAGCAUAUGUGCAAAGGAGCUGGUCCCAGGGAUUCCCCCAGCCAACCAUGGUCCCGCCAGGCCCCCACGGACGGCCCAUGAGUGCCAGCGGGAAGAUGUUCUCAUUCGUGAUGGGCCCUACAUCUCCCAUCAUCAAACAAGUGUGGACCAGUGCCAUGGAGUUUUCGGAGCAGUCCGUGGCCGAUGGGAUCCCAGGGGCCAUGCCUGCCCCGGAGCUCUUUGUGGACCAGGACCUGGGCCAGCAGGACAAGGACGAACUCAUCCUGCUCCUGGGCAAAGAGGUCAACCGGCUCUCGGACUUUGAAAUCGAGGCCAAGUACAAAGACGCCAUGAUCGCCAACCUGCAGAACGAGGUGGCCGUGCUCAGCCAGAGACUGUCCGAGGUGGCCGCCUGCAGGCCACGCGAAAGGCACAGCGCCCACCAGCUCCAGGUGCUGGAUGACGACCUGGAGACCAAGAACAAGGAGAUUGAGAGUCUGAAAAGCCAGAUCAGUGCCCUGCAGAAGGGCUAUAGCCAGGUGCUGUGCCAGACCUUGUCUGAGCGGAACUCGGAAAUCGCGUCCCUGAAGAACGAGGGUGAGAACCUUAGAAAGGACCACGCUACUGCCUCCGGGAUGCUGUCAUCUUUGCAAAAAGACAUGUUAGCGAGGGAUGAGCAAGUUCAGCAGUUGCAAGAGCAGGUGAAUCAUCUGAAAAGCAAGAACAAAGAGAAGGAUGACCAGCUCGAAGCUCUGGGCUCCAAGUACUCCACCCUGAAAGAAGAGCUAAAGAAGGGAGACGCUGAGAAGGACCUGAGGGACACCCAGGAGAAAGAGCUGAGAGCCUGCAAAGCUCAAAUCCAAGACAUGGAGAAGGAAACCAAGAAGCUGAGGGAGGCGCUGAGGAAGAGCAGCACAGAACAGACCGUGAUCUCCAAGACGCUGCGUGAAAAGAGCAAGGUCGAAGAGCUUCAAGAGGACUCCAGAAGGAAAUUGCGUCAGCUGCAAGAAAUGGGGAACAGAGAGAGCCUCAUUAAAACCAAUUUGGAGAGGGCAGUAGGUCAGCUGGAGCACUUCAGAAGUCAGAUCAUCAAGGCCACCUACGGACGCGUGAAGCCCUUCCAGGACAAGCCGGUCACCGACCAGCAGCUAAUAGAGAAGAUUGCCCAGGUCACAGAGGACAACAUGAACUUUCAGCAGAAGCGCUGGAACCUGCAGAAGGAGACGCAGAUGAGUCACUCCAGGCAGGAGGAGACGGCGAAGAAUGUGGAGAAGCUGAAGGCAUCGCUGGAUGGCUGUCAGGCUUGUAUGAAAACAUCCUGUUGCAGCAGCGACCUGAAGAAGGAGGUGGCCCUGCUGCAGCAGCUGCAGGUGAGCCCGCCUGUGUCGGGGCUCCAGAAGGUGACACGGGACAUCCUGGGCCUGUCGCUGUCCUGGCUGGAGGAGACGGAACAGCUCCUUCGGGAUCUCGGCAUCCAGCCACCCAGCUCCGACAAAGGGUUCUCUCUGUAUCUGAUCUAUCUUCUGGAACAUUAUAAAAAGAUUAUGAACCAGACACAGGAACUUCAGGUCAAGUUCAAGAGUUCUCAAGAAACGCAGCAGUGUGUGCUGCAAGAGAAGCUGCGGGAGCAUCUGGCGGAGAAGGAGAAGCUGAAUGCGGAGAGGCAAGAGCAGGAGAAGAGGCUGAGAGCCAGGAUCCAGCAGCUGACAGAGGAGAAGGCGAGUCUGGAGGAGAGCAUUGGCCAGGAGAAAAACAGAGCAAAGGAUGCCCUAGAGGCAGAACGCAAGCGAGCCCGGGAGCUGGAGGCCCGCUUGGCCUGCCAGAAGGAGGCUCUGGAGGAGAGCAUGGCUCAGGAGAAGAGCAGAGCAAAGGAGGUCCUGGAAGAGGAGCAGAUGCGAGUGCGGGAGCUGGAGACGCGCUUGGCCCGCCAGAAGGAGGCUCUGGAGGAGAGCAUGGCUCAGGAGAAGAGCAGAGCAAAGGAGGUCCUGGAAGAGGAGCAGAUGCGAGUGCGGGAGCUGGAGACCCGCUUGGCCCACCAGAAGGAGGUCUCCGAGAGCAGCAUGGCCCACGAGAAGAGGAAAGCAAAGGAAGCCUUAGAGACCGAGAAGAGGAAAGUUCAAGACCUGGAGAAUCAAUUGACCCAGCAGAAGGAGAUCUCGGAGAACAGUGUGGCCCACGAGAGACAGAAAGCGAAGGAGACCCUGGAGAAGGAGAAGAGGAAGGUGCAGGAUUUGGAGAAUCACUUAACCAAGCAGAAAGAGGAACUACAGUUGAAAGGGCAGAAAGAGGAAAUUCUCAACAACAAGCUGAAGGACGCGCUGGCCAUGGUGGAGGAGACUCAGAGGGCCAAGCUGGCUGAGAGGCUCAAAGCCGAGAGCCUCAGCACGAAGCUGAGCGAGACAUUAGCUGAUCUGGAGGCCACCAAGACCAAAAUGGUUAUGAUGGAGGAGCGGACACUGAUGCUGCAGCAGGCAGUGAAGACCCUCCAGGACGAGCGGGAGGCCCAGAAGCAUGGAUUCGAAGAGGAGAUCAUGGAAUACAAGGAACAGAUCAAGCAGCACUCGCAGACGAUCGUGAGUCUGGAGGAGAGACUCCAGAAGGUGACCCAACAGCACAAAGAGAUAGAGGAGGAGAUUGGCUCGCUGAAGGAGAGGGGCGCAGCUCAAAAAGAAACCGUGGCGCAAGGGCCUUCGGUGGUCCCUUCCCCGGACAUGGGCACCAAAGAGACGGCGUGCGAUCACCUGAUAGAGGAGUUGCUGACUGCCCAGAAGGAAAUCCUGUCCCAGCAGGAGGUCAUCAUGAAGCUGAGAAAAGACCUGAACGGCGCCCACAGCCGGAUGUCAGACCUGAGAGGGGAGCUCAGCGAGAAGCAAAAGGCAGAGCUGGAGCGGCACCUGGAGCUGGUGCAGCAACAGAGCGAUGAACUGAGCAUGCUCAAGAACAAAGUGGCACAGCUGAACAGCCUGCUGGAGAAGAAGGACCGGGAACUGAAGGCCCUCAAGGAGGCGUUCCGGACUUCCCAAGAGAAGCACAAACUCCAGCUGAGCCUGGAGAAAGAACAGAAGCUCAGGAACCCGACCAGGAAGCGGGACAUCUCCGUGCAGAUCGAGCCACUCCAACCCGACACGCUGUCCAGCAGCCAGGAGGAGCAGUCCUUCAGCGAUCUGGGGGUCAAGUGCAAGGGGUCCCGCCACGAGGAGAUCAUCCAGCGUCAGAGAAAGGCCUUAUCUGAACUGCGUACUCGCAUCAAGGAACUCGAGAAAGCCCGCUCGACCAGUCAUAAAGAGUGCCUGCAUGAGCCAUUUCUAGAAGUAAAGACUCUCGGGGUGGAAAAAAGUGUCCAGAAAAUAUUACUAGAUGCAAAACCCAAUUUGCCAACCCUCUCGAGGAUUGAGCUCCGGCCGUCUCAUCAUGACCUUUCCAACUCAGAGUCCAGCUUAGCCAUGGAGAAGUUGGGCAAAAUAGAUAUGGCUGAGGCUUUGGACCUCAGCGAGAAGCUGUACCUGGAUAUGAGCAAGACCCUGGGGAGUCUGAUGAAUAUCAAGGACAUGUCAGGUCAUGUGUCCAUGAAGCACCUGUCUGCCAAAGAGAGGGACAAAGUCCACCAGCUUCGACAGAGGGACCUCGAUCUCGUGUUUGAUAAGAUCGCCCAGCUCAAGAACCGGCUUGAGAGAAAGGAGGAGCUUCUGAGAGGAUAUGAAAAAGACAUUGACCAGCUCAGGCAGAGCAAAGUGUCCAUCCAGAUGCACCAGUCGCAGGUGGCAAAGCUGGAGGAUGACGUCUACCGAGAGGCCGAGGAGAAGGCGCUGCUGAAGGAGGCCCUGGAGCGCACGGAGCAGCAGCUGUGCCAGGAGAAGAGGAUCAACAGGGCCAUGAGGCAGCAGAAGACUGGAGCCAGAAAAGCCACCAUGAAGACAGACCAAGAAAGGGAGAUGAAGAAAGAGACUGCUAGCAAGUCCAGCCUAUUGUUCUGUAAGCCCGAUGGAAAGAACUAGAGCAAGCUCCUCCCAGCAGGCCUCGGGCCUCUGAGUGCACUUGACUCUCCCAUGUCCUCCUCUGUGGCCAAAUGCCAAGCCGCCUUUAUAGGACGUUAAAUAUUGUUACC